CCGCACUCACCAUGCCACCCAAAACCUCCGGAAAGGCCGCCAAGAAGUCGGGCAAAGCCUCGAAGAACAUCACCAAGUCCGACAAGAAGGGCAAGAGGAAGCGCAGGAAGGAGUCCUACGCCAUCUACAUCUACAAGGUGCUGAAGCAGGUCCACCCCGACACCGGCGUCUCCAGCAAGGCGAUGAGCAUCAUGAACUCAUUCGUCAACGACAUCUUCGAGCGCAUCGCCUCUGAGGCCAGCCGUCUCGCUCACUACAACAAGCGCUCCACCAUCACCUCCCGGGAGAUCCAGACCGCCGUGCGUCUCCUCCUGCCCGGCGAGUUGGCCAAGCACGCCGUUUCCGAGGGAACCAAGGCCGUGACCAAGUACACCAGCUCCAAGUAAGCUGCGCCACAAUAUCCAGCGGCAGCGAAAAUCGGCCCUUUUCAGGGCCACCCAAAUCUUUCACGUAAAUGUUACGCAAAGCAAUGAUACAAAAUACAAAAGUUGAUAAUUUAGUCUUUAAUCACUAGUGUCUCAAGCACCACAUUCACCAUUGACGGUCGCAAGAUAAUUAACUGUUUAAAUUAUUUACAGAAACAAUUUAAACCGCAACUUUUAGCAUUUAAAUAAAUUACAAUAUAAGUAAUGCUAAAUAAAAUAGCUCAUAUCGGCUUUACUGCGAAGCAAAAAGCGCGUGGGAAUAGAAAUUAAUAACAUUUUAUGACUUCUGCUAAAAACAAAUUAUGUAUUUUUUAAAAAUAAAAAGAAAAUAAAAUCAAGUGAUUAUAAUCUUGCAGGUUAUUUGAAUUUCAUGCAUCA